ACCAUAGCAGCUCGAUGGUUAUAAAAAAAGGCAAUCCUGAAGUUGAAGCUAAUAUAUUUAGUCUGCUGUCGUUCCAUUGGUUACAGAAGGUCUUUAGCGCUGGAAAUAGAAGAACUCUUACUGAAGAUGAUAUAUAUCCCAUCAACCCAAACUUUCAGAGCGAACGGUUGACUGGUCUUCUCGAACAGCAAUGGCUUUGGGAAUCGCAAAAAAAGAAAAACCCUUCUCUGGUUGUCACUAUCCUCAAAAGGCAUCUUUUCAGCUUGAUUGUGUUUGUUUUUACUACAAAUUGUGAGGCGGUUUUAAGAUGUACCGCUCCUCUCUUUGUUGCUAAAAUAGCAUCUUACUUCGAUCCGAAAGUUGAAAUGACGGAAAAAACAGCGUUUCUUUGGUCAUUCGGUUUGUUACUUCUUUACGUCGUGAUGAUUUUGAUCAGUGGUUACGCUAAUUUUUACCGCUUCAAAAAGCUUGGAACCGCUAUAAGAGUUGCUUUGACUGGACUUAUAUACAGAAAGGCGUGUAGGAUAACCCAAGGGGAGAUAGGAGACCGAUCUGUGGGUAUGAUUAUAAACCUAAUGACUAAUGAUGCUCAGCGUAUAGAAGAGUUAAUGCCCUUCUCUGGAAUCUUAUUGAACCUCUCAUCAGUCCUAAUUGUCAGCUUUAUUGUGAUGUACAACCAAAUUGGCAUCUACGCUACACUGACAGGCUUUCUUGUCAUGUUCCUUUUUGUACCUAUCCAAAUUUCCAUGGGGAGGAUUGUGUUUUAUCUUCGAACCAAAGCGGCACCGCUAACGGACAGCCGAGUCAAGAUUAUACACGAGAUGAUUCUUUUCAUCAAGGUCAUAAAGAUGUACGGUUGGGAACUCAUGUUUAAGAAGCUUGUAGAAAAGAUCAGACUCAAGGAAUCACGCUAUAUUGGCGUGUUUGUGCUGAUGAAUGCCAUGAACACCGGUUUUUACUUCAUUGCUCCUGUCGUGUCUCUUCUUGUGUUUAUAACUUUGAAGCGAUCUCUGGAUGAACCAAUCCUGACAACACAUGUUUUCUUUUACUUGUCUAUGAUGGGAGUUAUCGGUAUUCAAAUCAACAUUUUUCUUGGGGGUUCCUUUGCUCUUAUACCACAAGUUAUACACAGCCUAUGGAGAAUCCAGGAUUUUCUGAAUGCCGAUGAAAUAAAGCAUCUUCCCAAAGAUGCUGCUAUCACCAAACUUACCAACGAAGUUAUUGCGAAUAAGAAAUUCUUACAAAAGGACCCAGAAGUGAAGGAUAUUAACGGAUCUAACUUUCUAACUGCAGAGACACCAACUACUGCUGAGCAGAGUGACAAUGCUGUAAAUUUGGACAAUCUCUCUUCACGUUGGGGGUCUGAAACCUUUUCUUUAGCUGGAGUUAAUCUGCGUGUAAAGAAGGGUGAACUUAUCGCUGUAGUGGGACCUGUUGCUUGUGGUAAAACUACCCUGCUCAUGACCAUCCUACAGGAGUUAGAGCAUGAGGGUACUCUCAAUAUAGAUGGUAGAAUAGGCUUCUCAUCACAAGUACCCUGGAUAUUUAACGGGAAUAUUGAAGAAAACAUUCUAAUGAACAGACCUCUUGAUAAGGACAGAUUAAAAAGAUGUAUCGAGUCUUGUUAUCUCACCGGGGAUCUAGAACUGUUUCCGAAUGGGCUGUAUACAGUUGUCGGAGAGCGGGGUGUUCAGUUGAGUGGGGGACAGAGAGCUCGGGUUAAUCUCGCUAGAGCUGUAUACGGGGAAGAUCCGAUAAUACUUCUAGAUGACCCUCUCAGUGCUGUAGAUAGCAGAUGUGCUAAACACAUCUUCAACAAGUUGAUUAAAGAACAACUGUCCGGCAAGACAAGGAUUCUUGUAACCCACGCCACCCACUUUCUAAGCGAAGUUGACCGCAUAGUUGUCAUGGAUACAGAGGUUGCUGCUGAUGGUGACAAUGCUGAGGUUGUGGGCAAGAUAAGCCACAUAGGGACCUACUCGGAGCUAUUGUUAAAAGGUGUGGAACUAUCCAUGCUCGGGGUUGAAAAGAAAGUUAAGCGCAUUAGAACAACGUCUAAGAUUUCUGCAGAGUUUGGAGGAGGAAUCGGAGAGGAGACUUCAGAAUGGGAGGAGGAAGAGGAAAUAAAAGAAGAUGAGAGACCAGAGGAGUUCAAAGAAGAGAAGAAGACUGGUUCUUUAGAUAUACUACUCUACUUUAGAUACUUAUCACUGAGUUUCGGAUAUCUAGCAGUCCCCAUUUUGAUAAUAGCCAUGCUAGCUCCACAAAUACUCAUCAUAUUUCAAGAGCAAUACGCAGUCAGCUGGGUGGACAACAGAGCUGAAGGAGUUAACAAGGAGGCAGAAAUAGUGUCCCAAGAUGAAACCCACUAUAAAAUCUACGUCGGACUGGCCUGCGGGGCUAUUUUCUUAAUCCUCCUCAAAUCUUUAAUUUUCGUGUUCAUAGUGUACAGGGCUGGUAGAAUACUUCACGAUAAAGCCCUUUUUGCCUUGCUCAGAUCCCCCAUGAGAUAUUUUGACACCCACCCUAUAGGUUUGGUGAUCAACAGAUUUUCAAAAGAUGUUUACUUCAUGGACGAACGAUUACCAGGGGUUACAUUUGAGUUUGCUCAGCUCUUUAUUCUCUAUCUUGCAUCUGUUAUCCUGAUUGUAAUAGCUAAUUACUGGUUUAUCAUACCGCUAAUUGUGCUGACGGUAUUGUUUCUGUACACUGUGCGAUACUAUCUCACUACAUCUAUAGAAAUGCGAAGGAUCGAAGCAUUGAAGAGAAGUCCCAUUAUGUCCCAUAUCUCUGCCACAUUAUCAGGCCUUACUACUAUUCGUGCCAACAAUCAGAUAGACAUAUACGAAUCAAAGCACUAUUACCUGCGAAAUGAGCACACACGGUGCUGGAUGCUGUUUGAGGCUUCAGCAGAGUGGUUAAAUACACGUCUAGAUUUUAUCACCAUAGCUACUUCCGUCCUCGCUACUUUUCUAACAGUCGCUCUCAGGGAUUUUAUCAGUGCUUCCAUUGCUGGGCUAGCUUUAGUUUACGUUAAUAAUAUGAUCGGUGGUUUACAAUGGUGCGUUAACCAAUAUACAGAGACUGAAAACAUGAUGACGGCUGUUGAAAGAAUUUUCAUGUUCGCUGAAUUACCACCAGAGGCUCCUUUGGAGGCUCCAGAUAGAAACAAAGACCAGGGCAACUGUCAUGCUAUUACCAACAGUAAUGAUGUACAGAAUGGUGUGAUAGAGUUUAGAAAUGUUAAAUUGAAGUACGAUCCUGACCCUGAAUCUGACUAUAUUCUCUAUGAUUUAUCCUUUAUAACCAAACCAUGCGAGAAGAUCGGAAUUGUGGGUAGAACUGGCGCUGGAAAAAGUACAAUACUACAAGCUCUAUUCAGAAUGGUUGAGCCAGAAGGAGAUAUACUGUUAGAUGGAAUGUUGACGAGAGAUAUGGGUCUCCACGAACUUAGAAAAUCUAUCAGUAUAAUUCCUCAAGAGAGUCUUCUCUUUUCGGAAACUCUGAGAGUUAAUCUUGAUCCGUUCACCGAGUUUAGUGACGAGCAUUUGUGGGAUGCGCUGGAGAAGGUAGAGUUGAAAAAGUACAUUUCAGCCCAGACUGGAGGUCUGGAGAUGAUGGUCCAAGAGGGUGGCGGGAAUCUGUCAGCUGGUCAGAGACAGCUGUUGUGUCUUGCUAGAGCUAUGCUGAAAGAUAACAAGUUUUUGGUUAUUGAUGAGGCCACAGCUAAUGUAGACGAGAAAACUGAUCAUCUGAUCCAGCAGACUCUCCGACAGAAGUUCUCCGACUGCACUGUCCUGACAAUAGCUCACAGAAUAAACACCAUUAUCGACAGUCACCGUGUUAUGGUUAUUGACGCUGGUAGAUUGGUUGAGUUUGACCAACCGGCAGUACUUCUGCAGAGACCUGACAGUAUUUUCUACGAUUUAGUCAAAGAAACUGGAAUGUUUGAUGUUUUAUUGGAACAAGCUAAUCUUGCUCUAACGAGAUCACUGUGAAUGCAAAUUAAAAGCAUAUUCUGUAAAUUUUUUAUUCAAAUCUUCAUCAGGUGGCAGGAUUUUGUUUUUUGACCCUGAUGAAAUCUGAAAUCUCUAGCAACUUUAUGAGACAUACCGAUUUUAAAGCUUUCAAUAACUUCAAUAUAAAACACGAUUUCAAUUUUUUUUUUCAAAGAGUUUUAAAUUAAAUCGUUAAAGUUUGUUUUUAAUUCUAACAGUCUCCUUAAAUCGUUGUAUCCUAUAUCUAAUUCUUUGUAUUCUAUAUUUAAUUCGACUAUUUUUCUACU